AUGACACAGACAUAAGAUUUCACAGAAGAAGAGUACUUGAAAACUUCAACUGCUGCCAUUAAUCUCAGUUUUCAGCUUUCUUUCAAUCCUGGUGGGGGCAGAAUAAGUCCUUCAUUUCAGGUCUUCUUUAAGGAAAUGUUCAAUGCUAAAAGGAGAUGUGGCUGAUAAUGAAACAAAGAACAGAAAAUGAAGGACUCUUAAAAACAUGAAGCAGAACACUGGAAUUGUAACACAGGUUUAUUAUUGACCAUUAUAAAGAAAAAAUGGCAGCCAAUCUACAGCGCAUUCAUAUAAUUUGGCUCAUUGUGUUAUGCUCCAUAUUGCACUUUGCUUUUCCACAGGAAAAUGGUACCGACAGAACAUCAGCGCAAAAUUUUUCCUGUGUUGUUAAAUCAUACAUAUUCAAGGGUCCUUCUAUGAAUUGCACUUGGAAGGCUGGCAAAGAAGCUCCAAAAGACACCCAGUAUUUUCUUUGGUUAAAAUAUAACACGAAAGAAGAGAUAGAAUGCCCACAUUACAUCUGUGAUAAACUUGGAAGACAUAUUGGAUGCUAUUUUCCCAAUGUGACUGUAAAUGGAGACCGAGUGGAUCUGACGGUGAAUGGAUCAAGUGAAGAAUCACCAAUUCAGCCUUCUUCUCAUAAUCACCAACCAUAUUUACAUGAAAAACUUGGACCACCAAGAAAUUUCACUGUGAAUUGCCAAGAACAAUCCUCAUACUGUACAGUAAAGUGGAAACCCCCUCCAAGCAGUCGUGGUGUUCCAGAACACUGUUUUCGGUACCAAAUAAAGGAUGAAAUCAGAAACACAUAUCAGAAUAUAACAGAAGCAGCCUCUUCCAAAAAUUACUCCAAGGGUGUAAGACAAAGAUUGAGGAUUCGUACAAUUAAACAAAUUACAUGUCCCCUUACAGAAGAAUUUGGUGAAUGGAGUGAACCAAUUGAAUUUGGCGCUGAUCCCAAUCCAUUCCCUCUAGGGCUCUUAGUCUUUGUUGUAGCAGGAACCAUAAUUGUAAGCCUGGUUCUGAUUUUGGCCUGUAAAAGAUCUCAUGCAUGGAAAAAAAUUAUUGCUCCAAUCCCACAACCAAAAGACAUUAUUAAGCAGUAUGAGAAGAACAUGGAGAAAGCCUGCAUGGAUUCAUUAUUGACAACAGCAGAGGAUGAAAAAAUCACACUGGUUGAAGAAAUGACUGUUAAGACAUAUGACUUAACUGACCAGCAAUUAAACCUCAGAAACUAUGGAAAUACCAUUGCUUUGAGAGUUCACACAGCAUCAAAAAUGAAUUAAUCAAUAUUCUCCCACAGUAAGAUACAAGCAUAACUACAACUGACCGACUGUACCACCAUUUAUAUAUCCCAUUGUAUUCUGUCCACAACAUAGCCCUUAGGGUUACUUUUCCUUCUUAUUUUGUGGUUUUGACAUGAGUAGUGGUUUAUUGGACAGCUUGUACUUAGCACACAUUCAU